ACACAAGCCUGUCUUUUCUCCCCUGAGCUUUCCUCUUUGCCUCCCUCCCUCUCUUUGUCUGCGUGGUUUGGUCCAUGGGUUCGCAGGCGGAAGUAGGGAACGCGAUGGCGGAGGAGGAGGCCUGCGAGUUCGCCAUGCAGCUGGUGAGCUCCUCCAUACUUCCCAUGACCCUCAAGGCGGCGAUCGAACUGGAGCUGCUGGAGAUCAUGGCCAAGGCUGGGGAGGGUGCGCAGCUCACUCCCGCCGAGAUCGCCGCCCAGCUUCCCACCACCAACCCCGACGCCCCCCUCAUGCUCGACCGCAUGCUCCGUCUCCUCGCCGGCCACUCCGUCCUCACCGCCUCCACCUACACCGACGAUCACGGCAAAGUCAGGAGACGAUACGGUCUAGCUCCGGUGUGCAAGUUCUUGGUCCGGAACCAGGACGGUGUGUCCACGGCUGCAUUGGCCCUAAUGAACCAAGACAAGGUGCUGAUGGAGAGCUGGUACUACCUCAAGGAUGCGGUGCUGGAGGGCGGCAUCCCCUUCAACCGCGCCUACGGCAUGACCGCCUUCAACUACCACGGCACCGACCCCCGCUUCAACCGGGUCUUCAACCAGGGGAUGUCCAACCACUCCACCCUCACUAUGAAGAAGAUCCUCGAGACCUAUACCGGCUUCCAGGGGCUGCACUCCCUCGUCGACGUUGGCGGCGGCAUUGGAGCCAUCCUCAGCCUCAUCGUCGCCAAGUACCCCCAUAUCAAGGGCAUCAACUUCGACCUUCCUCAUGUCAUAGACGACGCUCCCCAAUUUCCUGGUGUGGAGCACGUUGGUGGUGAUAUGUUUGCUGGUGUUCCUAUUGCAGAAGCUAUCUUCAUGAAGUGGAUCCUUCAUGAUUGGGGGGAUGAGUACUGCGUGAAGCUGUUGAAGAACUGCUGGAAGGCGCUGCCAGAGGACGGCAAGGUGAUCUUGGUUGAGGCGAUCUUGCCGGAGAGCGUCGACCACAGUUACGGCAGUAACAGCCUUUUUCAGCAGGACAUGAUCAUGUUGGCCCACAACCCUGGUGGAAAGGAGAGGACGCUGAAGGAGUUCGAAGAACUGGCGGAGGCCAGUGGGUUCGCAGGGGUCAAGCCCGUCUGCUGUGUGUAUAAUUCUUGGGUCAUCGAGUUGCGCAAGAAGAUGUAGUCAAUAACAUCUAUCGGCUGUCUUUGAGUUCUGUUCGGUUGCACUUUUGUGUUUGCUGCUGGCUUUCUCUUGUGCUGUCCCCCUUGUAUCCAUUUUAAAGUAUGUGUGGCCAAAUGAUGAGCUUCCUGCGUUGCUUUA